AUGAACAUUUUCAGAUCAAUCAAGUCAUUUUGGAGAUACAAAAAGGUCAUGAGUAACGUUAACCCAGAAGAUUUCAACAUUGUUAAAGAAGGUAAAGCUGAAAUUCUUUUCCCAAAGAAAGAAGAUGUCUUUUAUAAUCCAAUUCAACAAUUUAAUAGAGAUUUAAGUACAGCUUCUAUUAGAGCUUGGUCUGAAUUAUAUGGUAUUAAAACUGUUAACAAAAAGAGAAAAUUGAAUAGUGAUGAACCAAAUCCUGAAAGAGUUCAACCUUUUAUAAAUAUCUUGGAAGCUUUAUCUGCAACUGGUCUUAGAGCUAUUAGAUAUGCUAAAGAAAUUCCAAAUGUUAAGACAAUUGUUGCGAAUGAUUUCAGUCAAGAAGCUGUUAAUUCAAUCAAUAGAAACAUAGAGUAUAACCAAGUCAGCUCCACAGUGACUUCAAAUAAAGGUGAUGCAAGUGCUUAUAUGUAUGAAACCAAGGCACAAAAUAAAUUAUUCAAUGUUAUUGAUCUUGAUCCAUAUGGUACUGCAACUCCAUUCAUUGAUGCUGCUAUUCAAAACAUUUCAAAUGAAGGUUUAUUAUUAGUUACAUGUACUGAUUUAGCUGUUUUAGCAGGUAAUGGAUAUCCAGAAAAAUGUUUUGCACUUUAUGGUGGUACAAAUUUAACAGGUGAUGCAGUUCAUGAAAGUGCAUUAAGAUUAGUUUUAAAUUCAAUUGGUAAUACAGCAGCAAAAUAUAAAAAGACAAUUGAACCAUUAUUAUCUCUUUCAAUUGAUUUUUAUGUUAGAGUUUUCAUUAAAGUUAAAACAUCACCAAUUGAAGUUAAAAAUUUAGCUUCAAAAACAAUGAUUUCAUAUGUUUGUUCAGGUUGUGGAUCUCAUCAUAAUCAACCUUUAGGAAGACAUACCACUAGAGAAAACGGUACAGCUAAAUAUAGUCAAGCUCAAGGUCCACCAGUUGGUCCAACUUGUCCAUAUUGUUCAUUUACAAAUCAUUUAACAGGUCCAAUGUAUUCAGGUCCUUUACAUAAUAAAGAAUUCAUACAGAAAGUUCUUGAUAUUAAUAAAAAUCAAUUAGAUGAUGAUACUUAUGGUACAAGAAAAAGAAUUGAAGGUAUGUUAACUUUAGCAAUGAAUGAAGUUGAAGAACCAUUUUAUUUUAAACCUGAAAAAGUUGCAAGUAUUGUUAAAUGUCAAGUUCCACCUUUGAAAACUGUGAUUGCAGGUUUAGGUAACUUAGGAUAUGAAGCUUCUUUAACUCAUGCUGCUCCAUCUGCUAUAAAGACAAAUGCAAAUUGGGAAACUAUAUGGUUUGUUUUCAAACAAUAUAUUAAACAAAAAGCACCAAAUGAUGUUAAUAAAUUAAAUCAAAACACUGCAGGUUAUAAAAUUUUAACUAAUGAAUCAAUUCAAAUUAAAGAUAAAGAAUCUAAUGAAAUUAAAGAAGUUGAUUUCAAUCCAAAUGAAUUAAGUGGGAAAGUGGAAAAACUUAGAAGAUUAAAGAUUGUUAGAUAUCAAGAAAAUCCAACAAAGAAUUGGGGUCCAAAAGCUAAACCUCAAUAA